GGUGGUCCAAAAUCUUUCCCUUCGCCACAUAAACUUCAAAAACAUUAUGUCAUCCAUACUGGCCAGAAGCCCUUCAUCUGCACAAUCUGUGGAAAAGCCUUCAAGCAGUCUGAUCUUUUAAAAAAGCACUUGCAGAAAGUCCAAUCAAGGCUUCCAACACAUCGUCUACGGGAUGACAUUGUUACUCAUAACCAACAAGCAAAAUGUGAUAAACCAGCUGCAGGGAUUAACACACAUGGCAGUGGUAAUUACACUUUAAUACCUUUGAUUGUGUCAACUUCUGUGGCCUCCCAGCCAGAGUGGAAAAGCGAAAUUGUGACUCUUCUUACCUCUGAGACUGGAAAUAUAUAUAUGCCACAUGUAAAUGAUGCCUCAGUGAUUCGGAGCAGUGUCUUACAUUUUAUGGAUCCAGUACCUCAGAAGCAAGUUGAUUCCGCAAAUGUAGACACAGCUGCAUGCAAUGCCCACAAUGGAUACACCUGCAAAGUCUGCUUGAAGUCAUUUUCUUCAUCUCUUCAGCUUUGGAUUCAUUCGCCAGCUCAUAACAAACUAGAACAAAGUGAGGGGGGCAGAGAGUCAGGCCAGGCUUUUUCUCAACAGGCUUAUUCGAAAGAGCACCUGAGCUCCAGCAGAAGCAAAAUGACUUUGAAUCACCAGUGUCCUAAAUGUCUCAAAACCUUCUGCACACCAUCCAAAUUACAACGGCAUUUCCUUAUUCAUACGGGGCAGAAACCCUACUCAUGUAUGAUCUGCUUGAAAGCCUUCAGACAGAAGGUACACUUGAAAUCCCAUUUAAGCACAGCAAAUAAAUGUUCACUGUCUGUCGGCACUGAAAGGAAAAAAGAGAGGUUUGGUAAUAGCAGACAAACCACAGGUCUGCAGCCUCAGUCGUCACUUCGACUUCAACCCACCAGCCAUCACACUCCUGUGAGUUCCUCAGUGGAACUGGAGCAACAGUGUAAAAUAAGUGUAAAUGCUGUGCAGGACCUGAACAAAACCGAAAUCAAGUCAGAUGCAUCUGUAAAACCAGAGCAGUCUUUAAAUAGAAGCAGUCAGUGUUGGAGUAAAUUUUGUCACAAGUCAGAUAAACAAGAGCAGCAACAAUUAACACACAAAGACUUGAAACCAUUCCAAUGCAUGAUCUGCAGCAGGUCGUUUAAGUUGGAAGUUAAUUUAAUACGUCAUCAUAAAAUUCAUAGGAACCAAAAAGAAUUGGGAAGUUCUACCACGGAGCAAAACAGCAGUGAUGUGAAAAUGUCUGAUUCUGAAGCAAUACAACAUUUACCUGAACCCAGGCAUGCAGAGCCUGUUGACUUGAACAUUGUUUUUAAACCAGAAACAUGGAGUGGAAAUUGCAAUGACUGCAAUGACUCUCUUCCCCAGGAUUCUGUGUUAAUUACAUCAGCAGAACAGCAGAGGGAAACCUACCACGCCACCAAUGAGCAGCAGAGAAUUUACUCAUUAAAUCAGUGUCGUGCAUGUUUAAAAUGUUUUCCAUCUGUAUCAAAACUUCAAAGGCACAUGAUGAGUCAUACUGGACAAAGGCCCUUUGGCUGUGAGAUGUGUGGGAAGAGAUUCCGUCAGAAAACACACCUGAGGGUCCAUUGUCGCACUCACCUGUGGUCUAGAUAUCACAAGCAACGAUCAUUGUAUACCAAUCGGCCGCCUUCUCGCAUUGGUGGGUUUAACACAAGGACCGCAGCAGACGUCCCAGUACAGGAAAUGUUACUACAUAAGAAUGAUUUUGAGACACACACUGGCAGUAAUGUAGUCUCUGUAAAACACCUGGAUCAGAGUCCUUCUAUAAUAACGAUUCAGAAUAACAACAGGGAAUCCGAUAACAAGUUGUUGCCACGUAUCUCAAAGAAAAAUGAGGUUGUGCGAAAGGUUUCUAAAGUGACUGUGAAAAGGACACAGACUGCUAAAUCAAUGCGUCAUCCAGGCCACGUGCAACACAAGUGCUUCCAAUGUUUAAAGUGUUUUCCAAGUGCCUCUAAAUUACAAAGGCAUGAGAUGGUACACACAGGCUUGAAACCAUUUCAGUGUGUUUUGUGUGGGAAAGCAUUCAGGCAAGCUCCACAUCUGAAAACUCAUGAAAGGUCUCACUGUGAGAGGAAACCACCCGGGCCAGUCAAUCUACAGGGGAACAUCAGAAAACUGAAAGCAAAUAGACAACAGCAGCUUUACCCAAGGAUCAGUGUCCAUAUCCCACAACAGAAUAGAUCUGUGAACACAGACACUACACUUUCAAAUUCUGAUGGCGCUGAAGAUAAUGGAGUGAGAGUGUUGCUCUGCACCAGGCGGGAAAUAUCCAUCACAAAAGUUAACAGCCUCUUUAAGACAAACUCUAAAAAAAAUAGUAAUGUAAUUGGUAAAAAAGGUAAACUUAACACAUCUCCAAUAGCAAGGCACUUGGUUACUCACUCUGGGGUAAAGCCAUACAAAUGCACUAUGUGCAGCAAAACCUUCACACAGUGUAGACAUCUAAAAGUUCAUGAGCACAGAUGCAGACAGGGUUCACAUUAUAUUCAAGGAGAAAUUAAAAUUAUCAACAGUCUCCAGGAUAAAUGCAUUGAAAACCUUUCUGAUUGUACAGAUUUGAAUGUAGAUGCAACAAAAGAGCAGCCGGAGUCACAUGCCAGUGUUGGUCAUCACUCAUUUACUGAUGGAGAUUUAUCUUAUUGGUCAGAUGCAAUAAACACUGAAUGGUUGGCAGUGCCAGAAGUGGGCUUACAAGAGGAGAAAAAUGAAUCGGAGAAAAGACAGAGAGACCAUUAUGAUCUGGCUACAGACCAUUAUAGUUAUUCCUUUCCCUCUCAACUUACCUUUGAAAUAACUAAGCUUGUCCAAAAUCAAAACAUGGCAGCCCCACCUUUGUCACACCAGCAUGAUGGUACUUCUACACGUAAUGUAGAAGUACCAUGUCAGCCUAAAGGAGUUAUGGCUAUUUCAGAUAGCAACAAGCUGCUCAGUGCUGAAGUUGAGAAUCAAAUGCAGCCAGAUAAUUACUGGUGUGAACCACUAUCUGUGUUUGAAUGUGAGAAGUGCUCUGCGAGUUUUAUGAGCAAAAACAAUCUUAAGCAACAUCUUUGUUCAACCAAUGUUCAACCCAAAAUGACAGAGUCAGCCCAGAAGUAUCGUUGUGACAUUUGCUUCAAACAUUUUGUGUCUCCCUCUAAACUUAAAAGGCAUUAUCUCAUUCACACAGGUCAAAGGCCGUUUAGGUGUGACAUUUGUGGCAAAACAUUCACACAGUCAGCACAUGUCACAACACACCGGCUGACUCACUGAUUAUCAACAUAUUACUUUUUUGCAGUGUAAAAUUGUAUUUAUGAAUAUCAUGAUUUGUCAUUAGUGUGAUGUUUGUGUAUACUGUAUGUAUGUAAUAUAUGUAUAAUAAUGUGGACUUAUAAUGGACUGAAUAUUUUUACAGUUUUGUAUUUCAUGAAUUAAACGUCUUUCAUGUGGUA